UCUUCCUAGUCGUCAGCCAGCCACCCACAGUCCCAGGUCUGAGGUCUGGUCUCCCACCGCCAGUUGUCAACACCACGUCAACAGGGAGGUGUGUGUUUGUGUACUGGUGUGCCUCGCCCUUCUACAUGCUGCCCUGUUGGAUUUAGUUGUGAGACAUCGAUAAAACUGAAAGAUGCAGAAGCGACCAAGGAGAACAGAACUCUUCCAUUUCUAUAAUGAAGGAAUGAAAGAAGAAACUCCAUAUGACAUAAAUUCAAAGCAUUUCAAUUGUGACAUGUAUGUCCAGAAGACAAUCAAGGAGAGCAGCCUCAAGCAGCUGCUUGAGCAUGAAUCUGAGCUGGUGUCUGAGAUACAGAGCCUCGACUCAGAUUGCCAGACCCUUGUCUAUGAUCACUAUGACAAAUUCAUUGCAGCAGCUGACAUUGUCCGCAAGAUGAAGGAAGGCUCUGUAAGCAUGGAGGCUCAGAUUACUCGCCUGCAGGAGAACAUGGGCAGGAUCACAGCAUCCUCCACUAGCAUCACCUCAGCACUUCAGGAGCGCCGUGGCCAUCUGAGUCGACUGCUGGGGGUUCAUGGGACUCUCAAGAAGCUGGAGUUCCUUUUCCAUCUCCCACAAAAAAUUGAUGAGUGCAUUGCUGACAGAAAUUUUUCUGAGGGUGUACGCAGCUAUGUGGAGACAGCAGAGGUGCUGCACCGGUACCGUCAUAUGCCUUCAUUUGAUGCCAUCCAUUGUGACUGUGAGGCUGCGGUGGGACGUCUCAAUGCAGCACUCAAGGAACAGCUUGCCCUUAAGGAGGGAAGUGCUCGCCACCUUACUGAGUGUGUUGAUCUCCUCCUCCAACUUGGGGAGCCGGCAGCAGGACUCUGUGAUGACUUUUUGUCUCAUGCCCGAACCAAACUGGAGGAUGACCUUGCGACACUCACUCGCCUUGCAGAAGCUGCAGCUGAGGCAGAACAAGAUGGAGGCACAAGCCAUGAGGCUGAAGCAGGAGAAGGGGCUGAGGAAGCUAAGGAAAUUUCACAGGAUGAACUAAGUGUUAGUGUUCCAAGGAAGACUGUUCCAAUGGAUAUUCUUGAGUUUGUGGAUAUCUGCCAUGAGACCUUUGUGGGAAACUUGUGGCUCGUCAUCUCGUCUUAUAAAGAAAUGUUCCUGAGGAGUCCAGAUGAGGGAGGGAGAUCUUCAACUUUGGCUCUAGAGAAGCUGAGGACGUUUGUAGCAGGGCUCGUGGAUCAGUAUGUGGCAGUGGUAGGGGUGCGGGUGGCUGCUGAGUCUGACACUGCCCACUAUGCACCACUCACCACUGCCCUGGACAAAUUUUCACCGUCGUCUUCAUGCCAUUACACAGCUUCUGCCAAAUACUACACAGCUCUUGGUCUUGUCAUAGAAGCAGGGCAGGCUCGUUGCAGCUCCUCCCUUGCAGCCCUGAAAGUUGGACUAGCUACAAACUUAGGUGAUGUGAGACAUGCCCUUGCUGCUCCUCGGCACCUCACACAAGAUGGGACAGAAUCUACUCACCGUCAGCUGAAUGAACACCUCACACGACUAGUUGCUGCUACUGCUGCCUCCAUCAAGGAGAGAGUGACAGCACUUCAGGCUUUCACUCAACCCAAGCACACCUUUGCUGUGAAGGCAGAGUUUCGACAUCGCUUUUGCCGUGAGCUGGUGAGGGAGGGAGUGGUGGUGGCCUUCUUCCUGCACCUCACAGACAUGAUGAUGGAGUUUUGCUACAAGAAAGACAAAGAUCCAGUGUUGCUACUGUUACUCUCCCGCAUGUGUCUUGACUUGCAUACAUCCACAGUCCAUUAUCUGCUCAGCCACUGUGAUGAACAGCUGCAGCUGGAGGACAAGAGUGGACUUACCCAACUGCACACCAUUACUGAUGGCAUGAAGGAAGCUGGUCAGCGUCUCCUCAAUCAUUACGUCCACACACAGGGGGCUGCCAUCAGCCAGAUGCUGAGGCGAAGUGUUGAAUUAAAGGACUGGCUAGGGUGUGGAGAGCCUCGUAGUGUUCGCAGAGUCAUGAGGACAGUCCUUGAGGAAAUUUCCACAAUUGAUACACAAGUUGGAGCUCUGUAUGAGGAAGGAAGCCAUCGAGACCGCUCCUCAGACUCUUCCCGUCGAACUUACCACAGUGUGAGUGCCUCUCGAGGUGCAGGUGGUCGCUCUGCAUGGUCUUCUUAUACUCCAAGCCAAUUAGAUAACAGCCUUGUUGCUAACCUCAACAAACUGUGGUCUGAACGCAUUGAAAUAUUUGCUCCUGUUGAAUUUACCAGGUUAUCGAUAUUAACUGGGAUUGUUAAGAUUAGCUUAAAGACACUACUGGAGAGUGUACGACUGCGAACCUUCAGUAGAUUUGGGCUACAGCAGGUGCAAGUAGAUGCUCACUACUUAAGGACUUACCUGUGGUCUUAUGUGGCUGAUGAACAUGUACUUAAUGUUCUCUUGGAUGAAGUUGUGACAUCAGCAAGUGUGCGAUGCUGUGAGCCUGAGUUAAUGGAACAGAGAGUUGUGGAGUUUAUCUGUGAUCAAAGUUAGGGUUGAAACUGAAUUCUCCAGCUCCUUGGCAAACUCCUUGAGGAACUCCCCAUAAACCAUUGGCUCCAUGUUGCGGCCAAGGUGGUAGAUCAGGAACCAGUCUCCAAGGUUGCACUUCUUGGCAAUGAGAUCUAGGUUCGUUCGGCCACCCCACCGUCCACGAGCCUGUAAUAAUAUAAUUUUAGAUGCAUACUUGAGUAUAUUUUAUCUGUCUGUAGUGAGUCUCAGAGCCCUAUUAUUUUUACUACAUAUUUUCAUACCAAUCCUAAAGUCUUCCUCCUUGUACACACCUUUCAUAUGUAAGAUCCAAGACAAAGAUGAUCAUGAAUAAGAUGGAUGGACAGUGUUAAGAGCAUUAGUUACAAGGAGGAUGUCUGGAGCAAGGAAGAGUGGUUACACAUGAUAGAACUGAAUGAAAAGCAAUUGAGUGCAGAAAUAGGAAGCUGCUUUGAUAAGAGGAUUGUCUGCUUCUAUUCUGACCAGCUGAGUGGAUCAGAUGUAGGACAUGCAUAUAUUAUGAAUAUAUUGUUAGUUGUGAUGCUAUAUCAUAAUAGUUAUGCUAUCACUUCCUGAUAUACAACUAAACCUUAUGCAAGUGUCAUCUGUGAGAAUCUGUCUUAGCCAUCCCUUUGUAGAGAAUCUCAACUUGAUAUACAGACAGACUAAUUGAUAACCGUUUCUAUAUGCCAAGACAGAUCUACUUUUAUGCUAUCUACCUACAUUUCUUCAUACCUUUGUCACUUUUUUUUUUUUUUAUGUAGGAAGGACACUGGCCAAGGGCAACAAAAAUCCAAUAAAAAAAAUGCCCACUGAAAUGCCAGUCCCACUUAGUCUCUAUGGGAAGGGGACUGAUGCUUAGUUUACAAAGUCAACUGCACAGCUAUUUAUAUAUCACACAGCUAUUUAUCUCUACACCAUAAAGACAAACAAAAAAUCAUGAGUCACGUCUGCGUGCAUAUUCAUGACUUGCUUGAUUAUGACUGACAUCACAAAUGGCUUAUUCCUGUUACACUGUAAUAGACCCCAUCCCCUUUUCUGCACCUGAUAAGACCAGUUAAACAGACCAGAUGCAGGUGAAUCUUAUUUUUAUUGAUCUAUCUUGUGCAACCAUUCUUCCUUGCUCCUGUCAUCACACUUGCACCAAAUAUUCUGCACACCAUCCAUCUAUCCCCAUUUAGGAAUCCCUUAGCCUUACACUCUAAUGUUAGAGUGUAAGUCCAGUUGUUUUCACAAAUUUCUGUUGCAUUGUAUCCAUAUGCCCAAAUCAAUACAACCCUCACUGCUCUUCUUUCAUCUCCUUCCUUUGCACUUCCUGUUAUUCAGAAGCAUUAAUCUCUAUGUACUCUUGAGACAUUAAAUAAUCUGUGCUGCUCUCAUGUUCCAAUACAGUUAGUUCUCCAUCUACAACUUCCUUGCAUUCAUUUCUAGUGGUCAGACAUAUCCUUAAACUCUUGAAACUUACGCAUCCAGUAAUCUUUCAUCAUCUUUCUUAAUUACCUAUUUUCCAUCAGGUCUUACCCACAUAUAUACUUAUGACAUCCUGUUGAAAGAAUUAUAUUUCUAAAUAUAAUUUAUUAUUUCUUCCUGAUGCACUACAUUCACCUACACUUUACAUAUUAAACUCUACCAUUCACAUCCCUUAAGUGUAAUACCAUAUCAUUUUCAAUUCAGAGCAGGUUGCAUGAGCCCUACACUAUGCUAGUUUGUAAGCCACAAUCACUUUUUUUUUUUUCCACUUUUAAACUUAUUCUAAAUGAGUGUGCAUUUUUCCAGUGUUUCAUAAAUAGCAAAAAUAAUAAUAAUUUUUAAUAUUCAAGCCUAUUAAAAGAAAUAAAAUUAUCAACCAAGGAGAUAUAUCAGUGAAAGCAUGGCUUGUGAUGCUGUCACAGGAGUUAUGCAGUAAUAGCAUAACCUCAUCAUCAUGUCAGUACACAUUAGCUGCUUGGAGUCCACUUCUGGUUAAAGUGUUAGAUAAUAUCUGUAAAUUCUGAGGACAUGGUGUACACUGACAUGGUAGGUGUGUGAGGGUAGUGCAGCGUGCCUCUCAUGUCCUUGACAGCAAUUUUCUUUCUUAACCCUUUAUUUUCCUAAGAUAGGCUAUUCAAGCCUAUGAUUAUCAUCUGAUAUUUAUGAGCCACUGCAAAAUGCAUUAAUUAUGAAAUCAGUUAAAACUGCUGGGAAAAAUAAAUAUCUUGUUGCUGUUGCUGUGGCCAAUCGGUGCUCAGUUUGCAAACUUAAGUCAGUUCAUGCAACUUGCCUGAUUCAGCUUUCAGUGAACAGACUAAAGUAUUGUUGGACAUAAAUGCUAGAGUAAAAAAAAAAAAAUGAGGAUUUAGCUAUUAUGCAUAGUGUGUUGGGAAGAAGUAAAAAUGUAAAAGAGGUGAUCAUUAGAAAUAUAAUGUUUAAGAAGGUCAUGAGUAUACAUAGUGAGACAAAAAAGGUGGAAGAGUAGUUGAUGUGGGUUAUGUCAUUGUGUGCAAAUGUACUAUACUCUUUUUUAUCUCAGAAGAACGUUUAGGUGUUGACCGAGAUCCAUUAGCUAAUCUGCCACAUUACACAAUUUCUCUUAAAUAUAUCAGUUCUUUUUACUUCUUAUUGAAAUUCAAGUAUUAAGUAUGGAUAACUCAUCAAACCAUUCAGUGCUACAAAUGGUUCGGGUUUUAAGAUAAUAAAUAGUCUGGGUUUUGCACAAAUAUCACAUUUGACAACAUAGCUUUGCGGCAUUAUCAUUUUAGGUUGAGCACUUGGCAUGCUUAUAUCGGCAAAGUCAGGUCACUCAGGUCAGAGAGAGGGUUGGCUCAGCCUCUUGAGGGACACUCCCCUGAUGGACACUCCCCUGAUGGAAGCAACUUCCAAGUGCUUGCAUGUUCUUCACAGCUGGGAGAAAGAACUUAUUUACAAUAAGAAUAAAUAUAUUUAGAAGAGAAGGGCCAAGAGGUCCUAUCAUUGCAUCUUCCAGAACAAUAGCUUGAACAGCUAAAGCCAAUCAUGUGAGUGAGUUGACGGUGCGACAGAUCUGCUUUGCCCCAAAUCGAGAUUACAUAAAACAGUUACUAUGAACAGAUAAAUUAUAGAAAAAUUAUUCACAUAGUAUCAUACGAGAGAGAGAGAGAGAGAGAGAGAGAGAGAGAGAGAGAGAGAGAGAGAGAGAGAGAGAGAGAGAGGGGGGGGGGGGGUAGGAUGGUUGCCUGUCCUUUCCACCAAGGUGUUAAGGUGUUAAAUCGAUAAUUGAUCCUGUAGAAAUGUGGCAACACAGCUUAUGGGGAAUUCUCAUAUUCGGCCAAUGCCCAAAUAUUCUUCCAGGAAUAAAAAUACUAUAGGUAAAAUAUUGCAUGUAAGUUUUAAGAGAAAAAAUGGACUACUUAGAGUGAGUGCAAAAAACAGGAUGUAGAGGGAGUAGUGGUACAUUCAUUCCAAAACUCAUGAUCAUUCCAGAAAUCUCUUUACCCCUCUCACUGAGUUCUAACACCUUACAGAACAUCCAUAUUUCACUUUCACUCACAUCAGCCUCAAUGAAACCUGUUCUGCCUCAUCCUCCAGCUAUACUUUUAGGCAACCUUUCACAGCACUGCCUGAACUUCUUUGUCACAGUGUCAAAUUCAGAUACAUCCUUAUAUUUUUCUUUAUUUGACCUAACAAAUCAAACUUCUCAAACAAUCCCAAUCUAUUUCUGGUCGUAUCAUUCACCUGUAUUCAGCUACCAUAUGUUUGAGUAGUCGGAGAAUGCUGGAGAAAUGAAUCUAGUUAUAUGGUGGUAUGGGUUCUACGCCUAUAGACCAUCCAAAAUAGUUAUAUUGAUUGGAGUGAGUAUUCUCACUCCAACUUUUCUAUCUCAUAGAAUAUGUAAAUAGUGCUAUUUAAAAAUGCUGGUAUAUAAAGAAAUUAUUAUUGUG